AUGGCCGCCGCCUCUUGCCUCCUCCUCAUCCUCUUACCCGUACUACUCUGCUUCCGCCUCUCCCUCGCCUCGCCGGCGGCGCCCCUCGCGGCUGAGCUCCUCGGAGAAGCGCGCGCGCCGGGGUUCGCCGCGUGGCUGCGCGGCGUGCGCCGGCGCAUCCACCAGCGGCCCGAGCUGGCCUUCCAGGAGCACCGCACCAGCGAGCUCGUGCGCGCCGAGCUCUACGCGAUCGGCGUCCCGUACAGGUGGCCCGUGGCCACCACCGGCGUCGUGGCGACCAUCGUCGGGGGCGCCGGCGGCGCCGGGCCCGUCGUCGCGCUCCGGGCCGACAUGGACGCGCUCCCCCUGCAGGAAUUGGUGGAUUGGGAAUACAAGAGCCAGGAAAGUGGGAAAAUGCAUGCUUGUGGACAUGAUGCACACACAGCAAUGCUUCUGGGGGCUGCUAAGAUACUUCAAGAUCACAAGAGUGAUUUGAAGGGCACUGUAAAGCUUGUUUUCCAGCCAGCAGAGGAGGGUCAGGGUGGUGCAUAUUAUGUCCUGCAAGAAGGUCUUCUUGAUGACGUGUCAGCCAUCUUUGGCUUGCAUGUUGACCCAGUCCUUCCAGUAGGCGUCGUUGCAUCAAGGCCAGGACCCUUUGCUGCAACAGCAUGUCGAUUCCAAGCAACUGUUACUGGUAAAGGUGGGCAUGCUGCACUACCCCACCAAGCCUUUGAUCCAACUGUAGCUGCAUCCACUGCCAUCCUCAGCCUUCAACAAAUUGUCUCCCGGGAAAUAGAUCCUCUCCAAGGCGCGGUUGUAUCGGUCACUUUCGUGAAAGGAGGAGAUGCUUAUAAUGUUAUUCCGGAGUCAGUGACCUUUGGUGGCACCUUGAGGAGCAUGACAAAUGAAGGUUUAUCAUAUCUCAUGAAGCGAGUUAUAGAGAUUGUAGAAGGACAGUCAGCGUUGCAUCGCUGCACCGCGACUGUGGACUUCAUGGAGGAGAAAAUGAGAACAUAUCCGGCUGUGAUCAACGAUGAAGGGAUAUACGCCCAUGCCAAGGCAGUGGCUCAGAGCUUGCUCGGGGAAGAGAACGUCAAGGUCGCGCCACAGCUGAUGGGAGCGGAGGAUUUUGGGUUCUACGCGCAGAGAAUGGCUGGCGCCUUCUUCACCAUUGGAGUCGGCAACAAGAGCACCAUGGUGACCGUCCAUUCCACCCACUCCCCCCACUUUGUGAUUGAUGAGGACGUGCUUCCCAUAGGAGCUUCGUUCCAUGCUGCCGUGGCAAUUGAAUACUUGAAGAAACAUGCAUCGGCCUGAAAAAAAUGAAUGCGAAAAACAGGCUUGUUUGGAUACU